AUUUUUAACAAGGCCUCUACAAAAUGAAAGAAGUGAUCUGAUUAGUUGCUAUGGCAACUUUUCCUCUGCACAGGUUUUGAUAAAUCUCCCCCAUAUGUGCUCUAUAUGAAAGCACUUCAUAGUAAUGGCAUGUAAACCUUCGAAAUGAAAUGUUGCACAGAAAAUGUUGCACAGGCCAGUCUGUGACUUUUCAUGCGACAAAUUUAGGUGAAAAAAGCAGUUUGAUGAAUUCCCCUCUGUAUUCAUAGUCCGGCUCUAUACAUGACAGCUGAUAGGUGCCCUUAUCCUGGCUAUUGGUAUCUAUGCUGAAGUAGAGAGGCAGAAAUAUAAGACUUUACAGGGUGUCUUCCUUGCUCCUGCCAUCAUCCUCAUCCUGCUAGGAGUGGUCAUGUUUAUUGUAUCCUUCAUCGGAGUCUUGGCUUCACUCAGAGAUAACCUGUGCCUACUUCAAGUGUUCAUGUAUACCCUGGGGGUCUGCCUUAUAUUGGAGUUGACUGGUGGGAUCCUUGCCUUGAUCUUUAGAAAUCAGGUGAGGACUAUAGGCAUGUAUACCAGCUUCUCACCAUUCUGCUCUGCCAUACCAGUCCUCUUACCCUUGGCACCAGCCCACUGCUUCUGGUCUUUAGUAAUGCCUUUUAUAGGGGAGCACCUCAUCCAUCCACAGAUCAAUAAGAGUGUUUCUCUUUUAUACCAGACCAUGGAUCUCCUGAAUAAGAACAUUCGGAAGGGAAUACAGAAUUACUAUGAUGAUCUCGACUUCAAAAAUAUCAUGGACUUUGUGCAAAAGCAGUUCAAGUGCUGUGGGGGAGCAGAGUACACAGACUGGGAACAGAAUGUAUAUCACUCGUGCUCAGCUCCUGGGCCUCUUGCAUGUGGAGUUCCUUAUACUUGCUGCCUCACCAACAAGACGGGAGCAGUAAUGAAUACAAUGUGUGGAUACCAAGCCAUGAAGUAUAAUAGACCAGCAGCGCAGCAGUUCAUCCAUGUCAGAGGUUGCACAGAUGCUGUUAUUAUUUGGUUCUUGGAUAACUAUGCAGUCAUGGCCGGAUUGUUACUAGGUAUCCUAGUCCCACAGUUCCUUGGAGUCCUUCUAUCACUACUUUAUGUAUCCCGGGUAGAAGAUAUGAUCACGGAGUGGAACAGUUCUGCUGAUGUUCUCCUGGAGGGUGAGACCACCAAACAUGAGAUUGAGUUUUCCACUGUGGGCUGUUGCCGGUGCUAUCCAGGAGAGGAAUCGACAGCCUGAGUGCCUCCAGCUCUUACGAAUUGUUGUGCUAACAAACACUAAAUAUUAACCCCAGAGAUCACCGGGAACAUUGGAAAGAAAACACGUCUGGCCCUAGAGGUGACGGACUGGUGGAUUGUUUUGAAACACUACAUUUCCUUCUAUGGUUGACGGGUGACAAUCAGGACUGUAUUGUGCCUGGUGACUGUUCUGAACAGAACAUCACUGUAUUUUUUCUUUUAUUUUUUGUUUUUCUUUUGUUACAUUACAGUUGCAAAGACUUUUUUGAAGUGCACUCCAAGCAGAAUUCAUCUCACGUAUAAUGCAAACAGAAACUAUAUCGCGUUCUAUGGUUUCCGGGUAAAAGACCUAAAAUCCUGUGGCAUUACCAAUGUGUGCUUAUCGGUUAUAUUAAGAGAUUGUUUUGUGCCAGUUGUCCAUUAUUAUCUCCUUUUUAUUCUGUUUUCAGGGUAAAAAAAUACAACAACAAAAAAGAUAGUCCUAGUGCAAGGAUCUAUCAUCUGCAGGGAAGGCAGCAAAUGUUAAUUUAUGGAACAGCACCACUAUAGGUUAAGCAAAGUAUUACAAGGUGUACAUACAUCACUAGGUUAUCUAUGUACUGCAAAGACAUGUCAGGCCAUCUCGAGAGAAGGGUAUUGUUUGCAGCUGCUCGGCUAAUGAUUCUGUAAUGAACUCAAAAGACCCUAAUGCAUUGCUCCUUAACCAGUGUGCCUCCAGCAGGUGGCACACUGGUUGGAAAACGGGUUUUCUAAACCAGUCCCACCUUUUAAAGGAAAACUGUCAGCUGAUCAGUUUGGUCCUUACUGUGCCCGGAUCCGCCACGCCGUUCGGCCGUAAUCUUCUAUU